AUGAGGCCAACAGCUCGUGUGUUUGCGCGCUACUUGGAGGCCGGUACUCCUACCGGUCUCACCGGUCUCUGGACUCAUGCCACCCCCAGAUCGACCCUCCUCUUCCUCUACGGAACGACCCUCAACAAGCUCCAGAACAUCCCUGAGAACUCCAUGUACCGCCAAUCCGUCGAGGCUGUGACAAAGCACCGCCUGUCCCUUGUCGAGCAGAUGGUCCCCCCCGGAUAUAACGAAUGGGCGGUCCGCGCCAAGGAGCUCGUCAGCAAGAACUCGUCACAGUUCCGCGUUUCCAGCGGCCGCGUUGACGGUAGCGAGGCUCACACCGUCAAGCUCGGCGACAAGAUCUUUGUGGUUGGAAGAAAGCACGAGGCUGGUGAUGUCCGAAUCGAGGAGUGGAAUGGCGAGGAAGAUGAGGGUUCUGAGUACGAGGGUAUCCGAACUCUCAAGGAGCGAGAGGACCAAGCUACCUGGGCGGAGCGCAAGCCUCUUGAGGACCAUGAGAAGGUCGAGUGGGAGGAUGAGCCUCAGAUGACCGCUGACCAAGUCCAUGAGCUCGAGCAGAAGAUCGGAGCUGGUCUUAUCGAGGAGGUUAUCCAGGUUGCCGAGGGCGAGCUCAAGCUGGUUGAGACAAUGGAAAAGUCCAAGGUCUGGGAGGACCUCGAUGAGAAGCCUGUCCCUGGCCAGUGGACUUACUUUGACCGAACCUAA